CAGAGAUUUAUACUCACUUUUUGUUUUCCUUCCCAUCAUGUGUUGCAUGCAGGUUCGUUCGGCAUUGGCCGCCGCAGAAACUUGCCCCUUCAAGGUAGAUUAAAAAGAGGGGAAAAGAAAGAUAUGAAUUGAACCCCGCCGUAAGGUCCAGAAAUCAUAAUGAUCACAUAACAUAUUCUCCGAGGCCGAUGGGACGUUGAGAGUAUAAUAAUAAUGGCUGGUCCCCAUCCUGAACCGCGCCCCUUCACAUCUCCCUAGCACUACUCCAAGUUGCUGCAGAUUUUACCCCGAGGUAGUGGUAAUAGUAGUCACACUCAACAUGCGACCUUCCUUUCAACCCUCCAGCCUCUUGCUGGCCUUGAUGGCCUUGACGGACCUCACUUCCGCCGAAAGAGUCCUGGGUGCAUACAUCUUCGCCCGCCAUGGUGACCGCACGCCCAAAGUGCUAGGAAACACCCGACUCACCGACCUCGGAUACAGCGAGGUCUAUCAAGCGGGCAGCUACUACCACAGCCGGUACAUCGACGCAAGCUCCUCGCUGCAAAUCGAGGGCAUAAGCGAGAAGAUCGUGAACCUGAAACAAGUCACCGCGUCUUCCCCCUCAGACGCCGUCCUCCAGAACUCAGGCGUAGCCUUCAUGCAAGGCGUCUACCCACCCGUAGGCAAAGUCGCCAACGAAACACUCGCCAACAGCACCACCAUCACCGCCCCAUUAGACGGCUACCAGCUCAUCCCGCUCAGCCUCGUCUCCACCGGCACAAACAGUGAAGACAACACCUGGCUGCAGGACGCAACAGGCUGCCAGAACGCCAAAGUCAGCAGCAACAGCUACUACAGCUCUGCCCUGUACAACAAAAUCUACGACUCCAGCAAGGACUUCUACAACUCGCUCUCACCCCUACUGAACAGCACGUUCGCAGAGAACAAGAUCAGCUUCAAGUCCGCCUACACGAUCUUCGACUACCUCAACGUUGCCAGCAUUCACAACACAACCAACACCCCCACCUCCGACCAGCUGCACCAGCUCGCCCUCCUCGCCAACAUCGAACAGUACAACCUAGCCUACAACACCACAGACACCGUCCGCGCCAUCGCAGGCUCCCAACUCGCCGGCGAAAUGCUCACAGCCCUCAACAGAACUAUCACCUCGAAGGGCUCCUCCAAACUCAACGUCCAAUUCGGCGCCUACGGUACCUUCCUCUCCUACUUCGGCCUCGCCCAGCUCCCCGCCAUCAGCGACAACUUCACCGGCGUCCCAGACUACGCCUCCUCCAUGGCCUGGGAGCUCAUCACCGACUCCAAGUCCGACGGAUUCCCCGACGCCUCCGAGAUCAGCGUGCGCUUCAUCUUCCACAACGGAACCAUCACCGGCUCCGACACUCCAAAGGAGUACCCGCUGUACGGCCAGUCGAGUGUCACGAUCCCGUGGUCGAAGUUCGUUGACGAGACGAACAAGAUCGCCGUCACGUCCACACCGGAGUGGUGCAAGGUCUGUGGAAACACGGACGGAAAGUGCGCGUCGUAUGCAGCUAAUGGGGCCGGAUCGGACUCUGGCUCUGCGGGCGCUACUUCCAAGUCUGAUGAAGGCGUUUCGAGGCCUGUGGCUGGUGUUAUUGGGGCUAUGGUUACCCUGGCUGUUAUUCUUGGGCUUGAGGCGCUUUUCCUGCUUGUUGGUGGGUUUAGGAUUACCAAGCGAAAGGCUGGAGCUGGAGUUGCUUCUGCUGUUACGGAAAAUAAGGCUUAGAAGGUUGGGGGUAUGAGCUUUUCCUAGGGAGGUCUAAAAAUGGGAGUGAUUAAUAGAUUGUAUGAGAGCGGUUUUAGGGAUGGAUUAUGGUCGUUAUGUUCUAAUGCUGCUUGAUGUUGCCGGCAACUCAUUCUUUAAUAUGAUUAAUAUAAGACAUGAAAGUAAUCGAUUCGAGUACAAUAAGCUCAAA